AGACUUCACCUUCCUGAGUACUUAGGAUUACAGGCGUGAGCCACCAGCACCCAGAUCAGCCGAAGCUUUUCAUGGACUAUUUUCGUCAGAGGCUGUCCACAGCUAAAAGGAAAGUGAGCUGAGAGACAGGAUGACCUUCAGGACCCCCACCAUGGGGACCACGCUCUUAUCACAGACUCUUAUUGGCAUUCUGGGAAAUUUCUCUCUCUUUUAUUGUCUUCAACAUGAUCAAUGCCUACAAAAGCCCACCGACCUCAUUCUCAAGCACCUUGUUCUAGCCAACUCCCUGACCCUUCUCUUUAACGGAGUUCCCCUCUCCAUUGCAGCUUUUGGAUGGAAACAUUUCCUCGAUGACCUGGGCUGCAAAGUUUUCUUUUACAUUCAGAGGGUGGGCAGGAGUGUGGCUAUCAGCACCACGUGCCUCCUGGGUGUCUGCCAGGCUGUCACCAUCAGCCAAAACAACUCCUGCCUCAAGGAUCUAAGACUCGAGAGUUCUAUCAGCUUCUGUGUCAACCUUUGCUGGGCCCUGCACCUGGUGCUCAACAUGAGCUUCCCUUUGUACGCACACAGCAAGUGGAUCCUCACCAACAGGACCAAGAAAAGAGAUUUCCAAUACUGCGGCUCGGAAUGCAGUGAUGAAACCAUGCGCGCCAUGUAUACCGCGCUCCUCCUCUUCCCUGAGCUUUGCUUUUCUGUGCUCAUAACUGUGGCCAGUGGCGCCAUGGUUCUUUUUCUAACCAAGCACGUGAAGCAAGUUCAAUACCUUCAUGGCCCCCAAGCCUACCCCAGGGUGUCCCCUGAGUUCCGAGCCGUCCACAGCAUCCUAACCCUGGGCUCCACCUUUAUAAUCUUAUACACAGUCUCCUCCAUCCUAAGCAUUUGGGUUGCAUUUUGCUCAAGCCCCAGCGGGUGGCUGAUAAACCUCAACACCCUGAUCUCAAUGUGUUUCCCCACACUGAGUCCCUUCAUUCUCCUGAAGCACCACAUCCGGAGAGCCAGGCCUUGCUCUGGCUUGAAAAGAAACACAAAAUCCUUUGUCAGGAGGAUGAGGGACUGCAUGGUUCACGUCCUUUUUAUUCAGUCGUUUUAGUCACCCCUGUGGAGAAAUGAACAUAGACUAGUAUGUCAGACAAAGGAUGUGCAUUUCGUCCUGUGUGUAGAAGUUAGGCCUAGAUUAUAAACAUAUAUGUAAAUAAAUAUAUACAAUCAUAUGCAGAUAUGCACAAGCCUAUUUAUUAAAGUAUGGUAUGUAGAGGGGAGGAUUCCAAUGGCCCAACUCCUUUAAACAACUCUAACUCAUGGUUUAACAAAAUGGGGAGGAAAAAAAAAGGAGAAAGAGAGAGAGACAG